AUGGCGACUGAGGGGGGUGUGGGGCUAGGGUUAGAGAUGGAGACCAGCGGCCUGCAGCGGCAUCCCAAGAAGCCUGGGAAGCAUGGUAGUGGUGCUGCUGACUUGGCGCAGGCCACUGACUCGGAGGAGAAGGGGAUCGAGAGUACAAAUCUGCAGGCGGCUGUGUCAGUCACUGGAGACAGAAGGUCCAGGGAGGACAAGGCCAAACAGGAGCGGGAGAAGGAACUGGCGAAGGUCACCAUCAAGGAGGAAGAUGUGGAGCGGAUAAUGACAGAGAUGCAGAUCUCUAGAGCAGCUGCAGAGAGGAGCUUGCAGGAGCAUAUGGGCAAUGUGGUGGCGGCUCUUAUUGCCUAA